CAGCAGCGGUCACAUGACCUGGACUGGUGACUUCCGGAGGCUUGGAUGUUUUUCUUCAGAAGAGAGAGAGGAAAAUAGCGUUUUGUUUUAAAUGCCAGCGACCUGUCUUUAUAGCAGGCAUUUAUAUUCAAAACAGAACAGAAAAGCCCUACAUUUUUAAAUCAUCCGGGGACAUUAUUAUUACUGAAACUGACACACGUUAAACCGGAGGAGGGGCGACUUGACAGGCUAAACCUUGACAUUUCCCGGCCGGAGGUAUCUUUUUGAAAAUAAAAGAAGCAAACGCAGAGUCUCAAACGACGGCGACUGUUCAGUUCAAAGACGUAGUCUUGUUUAUCCUUCUUGUAUAGAGGUUUGGAAGUUAGCGGCAAAUGCUGGCUGCUAUACAUUAGCUCGAAUUUCUGACGCACUUAAACAUCAACAUGUCAAAGUACACGAGUUUUCCGGAGCCGCUGGACGACCACAACCCUUUCCAGGAUCCUGCAGUGACCCAACACAGCAGCAACACAGGUUAUGCCACCCUGGACCUUUAUAAUCCAUUUGAAAGCACAACAGCGCCUCCACCACCAUACGAUGCCACUUCGCCCUCGGCUCCCGCUGCGCCUGCGCCUGCGCAGACUCCCCCCAGCAGGACGACACCUACUGAACCUCGCAAUUACGGCUCAUAUGAGUCCCAGACUGCGGUAAACGCGACUACGGCGGAGCUCCUGAGGAAACAGGAAGAGCUGGAGAAGAAAGCCAAAGAUCUGGAGAGGAGAGAGAGGGAGCUGGAGUCACACGGUCUGGGACCUGGAGCAGCUCGCCAAAACAAUUGGCCCCCGCUGCCCUCCUUCUGCCCCGUGGGCCCCUGCUUCUACCAGGACAUCAGUGUGGAGAUCAACCAGCGUUUCCAGCGUAUCGUCACCAUCAUGUACUACUUCUGGAUGUUGGGCACCGGCACGCUCCUCUUCAACCUCAUCUCCUCUCUGGCCAUGUUCUGCGUGGACCCCUCUGGUAGCGGUGUGGGCCUGGGUCUGGCCAUCUUGUGGGCGCUCCUCUUCGCUCCCUGCUCCUUUGUCUGUUGGUACCGACCAAUAUAUAAAGCCUUCAGGAGUGACAGCUCCUUCAACUUUUUCGUCUUCUUUUUUAUUUUCUUCGCUCAAGUCGUCGUCUACGUCAUCAUGACUAUCGGCAUCCCUGGAUGGGGUUUCAGUGGUUGGAUCGUGAGCCUGGCUGCUCUGAAUCAAAACGUCGGCGUCGGUGUCAUCAUGAUGAUAAACGCCGUCUUCUUUACUGGCCAGGCCGCCAUGGGAGUUGUCAUGCUGAAGAGGGUCCACAGUCUGUACAGGCAGACCGAUGCCAGCUUCCAGAAGGCCCAGGCUGAGUUCGCCACCGGAGUCAUGUCCAACCAGGCCGUACGCCAGGCCACGUUCAACGCCGCCCAGGGGGCCUUCACCGCUCCUAAAUAGAGAGAAGAGAGAGAGAGAGAGAGAGAGAGACGCAGGGUUUGAUUGACGGAGGAACAGUUUUCUGCCCAAACCAGGAUUAGAGAGUGAUGGACAGGGUCAGUGUUAUUUCUAAUGAACCACUCGCACUUGCAUGAAACAGAGGUGGUUACAGAACAGGACUUAGGCUGUUACUGGGAGAAGCAGGAAACUGAGAUGAAAUAAAGUUGCUGUAUGACGUUUGUGGCUGUCGUCUGUAAGUGUGACUGAAUGUCUUGGGUUUUUUUUUUUUUUUUGGUUUUUUACGUAUCAGAAGCCAAAAGUGUGUGCCAAGUUGGGUAGUAUUGCUCGUACAUAUUUACCAAGACUGGGAUGUGCAUCAUGUUUACAGAGAGUCGUGUAUGUAGAGAGAACCAGUCUUUGAAGUGAACACUGAAAUGAUGCCAUUCUAACGUUUGGUCCAGGUCUUCACUGGACCAAACGGCUUUAGCUUCAGCUCCACUGCUGCUUUUCAUGUCGACUGAUUGUAAAAACUAACACAUAGUUUUUGUUGUAAUUCCAGCCUGGCUGUUCACUGUAAUGCCAAAUACUCCUCAUCCUGUCGGAAUUAUGACCAUGAGUUGUUUGAGUUGCCGUUUACUUGUCACUCAUCUGUUCUUGUCAAUUCUAGUUUUGACGAUAAUCACUGUUCACUGUCUGGGUUUAACUGAAUAAAGUGUCUUGCUUACACAGUUA